AUGCGCUUGGAAGCGGAACAACGCUGUGUCGAGGCCGAGCUUCAACUGGCCAUCGCGUUGUCCAGACACCUGGAGAAGCGGUUGCAGCUCAUCGAGGCUCUCAAUGAAGUGCUCGAGAUGGCUGUGCCAGCCUUGGUGGCGCUCGGCGUCGGGCUGUCCUUGUCAUCGGCACAGCAGCAUGACAGGACCAUUCUGACCAUUCUUAUUCUGUGA